GGACGUUUGAUUUUGGACGAACCUUUUCUCUGUUAGAUACACAGGGAUAGUGCUUUCGUUCUGCGAAUUCUCUGUGAUUUUUUCUGGAGAAAAUUUCUGUAUUUUCUUUUUCGAGGGUUUCGGUCUGUGGUUCUUUGAUAAUUUAUCCGAAGGCCGAAGUCUGCAUUCCGAACUUUUUUCCAUUGCGUGAUUUGGAAGGGGAGAGUUUGCGACUUCUUCCCCUUUUUCCUUGGGGUCGUUGAUUCAUUGUUCGAUUGGGGGGCUUUUGGCAUCGAGGUUUUGCUAAUCUUUGUUGCUGUUACCGCGGGAAAAGCAGGAGGAGAUUCGAUUAUCGCUGUAUAAUUGUGGAGGAUAAAUUGCCGGGUCUUUCAGGUUGGUAGCCGAAUUGUUGGAACAUUGGAUUUGAUGCUUCGAUGUGAAAUUAGGGUUUUGGCCCAAGAAUUGGGAAGGCGAAUUGGUCGUUUCGGAUGGUCCCAAGAUGAUAAUUAAGCGAACUAUGAAAAUUGAAAUGCCGAACCUGAAACGGUGUAAGCUAGAGGAGCAGGAUGCCGAGGACUAUGGGUGUGGGUUGGUUCCAAAGAAACGGAAGGUUAAUGGGUUUUAUUCCCUUGGUAUGCCGGCCGAGGCUGAAGAUUUCAGCAGCGGUUCAGGGUCGUGGUGCAGUGAAGGAUCGUAUUGGGCUAGUGAGGUUCUAUCGAAUUCAAAUUCUACGCCAUUGAAUAGUAGAACAGCAAUGGAACAAGGCUCUGAAAGGAUUCGGCCUCCUCUAUUGCGGUCGUCUCGUGGCCGCUCUCAAAUGCUUCCGUCGAGGUUCAAUGAUUCUGUUAUCGGUACAUGGAAGAAUCGGGGAAUCAAAGUGGAGGACGCAGACUCCAGCUUUGAAGAUGAUAAUAUUCUUGUCGAAGAUAGGGCGGGGGUUAGUGGAUUGGGAUUUGUGAAACAGGAAAAGGGAAAUAAUUAUGGCUCCAAGCCUAAGUAUUAUUCAUAUCCCGACAUGGAGGAGGAGGAGUCAGGAUUCAACGACUCCGGUUUAAGCAAUUUUGACCCCCGGAAGCUUACAAAUUCUUUUAGUACUACUAGAACAUCGAUCAAUGGAAAUCGUUCAUCAGCAGUUAAAACCGAGAGUUAUACGUCUGGUUUAAGUUUUGAGGGUGUGGACCAAAAGCUUGAUCGAAAUGCUGCGAAAAGGAAAGAUAUCUACAAACCGGAGGAUUUUGCUUUGGGUGACAUAGUUUGGGCAAAAUGUGGAAAGAGAUAUCCAGCUUGGCCUGCUGUAGUGAUUGAUCCUAUCUUGCAAGCUCCAAAGUCCGUUCUGAGCUGUUGUGUCCCUGGUGCAAUUUGCGUGAUGUUUUUUGGGUAUUCAAAGAAGGGAAAGCAAAGGGACUACGCAUGGGUGAAGCAGGGAAUGAUAUUCCCCUUCAUGGAGUUCAUGGACAGAUUCCAGGGGCAGACUCGGCUGUACAAGAGCAAACCGAGUGAUUUUCAGAUGGCACUGGAAGAGGCGUUGUUGGCAGAAGAUGGUUUUCUAGAUUCACAGUUGGGAGCUGAGCAGAUAACUAAUGUAGAAGCUCAUCCCAAUGGGUUUAUGGAGGCUACAAGUUUAUAUGUUGAUCCGGAUUAUGGCUUUCAAGACCAGGAUAUGAGACCUUGUGCGGGCUGUGGUCUGACUUUGCCCUGCAAAACCAUGAAGAAAAUUAAGGAUUCUAGUUCUUCAGCUCAACUUUAUUGCAAACUUUGUGCCAAGUUACGAAAAUCAAAACAAUAUUGUGGCAUUUGCAAAAAGAUUUGGCACCAUUCAGACGGUGGGAAUUGGGUGUGUUGUGACGGUUGUAAUGUUUGGAUUCAUGCUGAGUGUGCUAGAAUAUCCAGUAAACUUUUUAAGGAUCUGGAACAUACAGAUUACUAUUGUCCAGAUUGCAAAGCAAAUUUCAACUGUAAAUUUUCAGCAUCACAAACAUGCAAGCCGAUAAUCAAAUCAACAGAAAGUAGCCAAAAGCCUGUUAUGCCUGAUAAGGUAACAGUGGUGUGCAAUGGCAUGGAAGGGGAUUACAUUCCAAAGCUUCAUCUAGUUAUGUGCAAGUGUGGCUCAUGUGGGGUGCGAAAGCAGACACUCAGUGAAUGGGAAAGACAUACGGGUUGCAGAGCUAAAAAAUGGAAAUAUAGUGUGAAAGUAAAGAGUACAAUGCUUCCUCUGGAAAAAUGGAUCACAGAAAACAAUACACAAUGCGGAGUUUCUAUGCAGUUAGAUCAACAGCAGGUACUUGCCUUUCUGCAAGAGAAGUAUGAACCAGUUUAUCCGAAGUGGACUACAGAAAGAUGUGCCGUCUGUAGAUGGGUUGAAGAUUGGGAUGAUAACAAAAUUAUCAUCUGCAACAGGUGCCAAAUAGCAGUCCACCAAGAGUGCUAUGGAGCAAAGAAUGUCAAAGAUUUUACUUCUUGGGUCUGUAGAGUGUGCGAGACCCCUGAUGUUGAGAGAGAGUGUUGCCUCUGUCCUGUAAAAGGUGGAGCUCUAAAGCCAACUGAUGUUGAGAUGCUGUGGGUUCAUGUCACCUGUGCUUGGUUCCGGCCUGAAGUUGGAUUUUCAAACCAUGAGACAAUGGAACCUGCUUUUGGAAUCCUCAAAAUUCCUCCAAGUUUGUUUUUGAAGACUUGUGUUAUCUGUAAGCAAAGCCAUGGAUCUUGUGCAAGUUGUUGCAAGUGUGCUACUCAUUUUCACGUCAUGUGUGCAUCUAGGGCCGGAUACAGCAUGGAAUUGCAUUCUCUGGAGAAGAAUGGAGUUCAGAUAACGAAGAAGUUGAUAUAUUGUGCAUUUCACAGGCUUCCGACCCCAGAUUCUGUAAUGGUUAUACAUACUCCCUUGGGGGUCUUCUCUCCCAGAACUUCCCUGCAGAACCAUAAGGGAUGCUUCAGGGGAUCGAGGCUGGUAUCAUCCAAAAACGUAGAACUUCUUGAAUCUUCAGCCUCCGAGACAAAUGAAUUUGAACCACUGUCUGCUGCAAGAUGUCGUGUUUAUAGAAGGUCUUCCAAGAGGGCCGAUGAGCCAAUAAUACAUUUAGUGAGGGGACCAAGUCGUCAUUUAUUAAGUUCGAUUAUUCAAUUGAACAGCUAUAAGGACUCAGAAGAUUCAAAAGUAUUUACUUCAUUCAAGGAACGUCUUCACCAUUUGCAGAAAACUGAAAAUCAUCGAGUUUGCUUUGGAAAAUCGGGUAUACAUGGAUGGGGCCUCUUUGCUCGUACAGAUAUACAAGAAGGAGAGAUGGUUGCUGAGUACCGUGGUGAGCACGUAAGACGAAGUGUUGCGGAUAUGAGGGAGGCUAGGUAUCGUUCAGAAGGCAAAGACUGUUAUCUGUUCAAGAUCAGUGAAGAGGUGGUCAUUGAUGCGACACAUAGGGGGAAUAUAGCCCGCCUGAUAAACCACUCUUGCAUGCCUAACUGCUAUGCUAGGAUUAUGAGCAUGGGUGCCGAGGAGAGCCGGAUUGUUCUUAUUGCCAAGACUCAUGUUUCUGCUGGGGAAGAACUAACGUAUGAUUACUUGUUUGAUCCGGAUGAGCGGGAUGAACUGAAAGUUCCUUGCCUCUGUAAAGCCCCAAAUUGUAGGAAAUUUAUGAAUUAGGCUUCACAAUUUUUUGAUAUAUUGCAACUUAACCUCGCUAACCAUAGGGAAAAAAUUGUCCGAUGUCGCAUAUUUUUUUAUUUUUUUCCCCAACUUCGUAUAUUUGUAUAUCAUUUGGUUACAAAUAAAAGAAGUCCCCCCAGCCACCAGCUGGUGGCAUUUUUGUAUAUCGCCUCAUGGUUCUUAGUUAUGUUUAUGCUCUGCCAUUUAUAACUUC